AUGGCUGGCGUCGCUUUACACAUACCCUACGCUCAAAACUUGACAUUUCGUGGGUGAAUUUUCUUAAAUAUUAAGGUUUGAUCAUGGCGAACCGUGCCAAUGAUUUACAAUUAGAGGAUUUCACCUACGAUGACGACGGAUUACCGGUGCCAGUGCCUGCAAAUCCGCGAACUAGGAACAGUCUUUCGUCAGUCCUGACCACAAACAACAACAACAACGACAACCCUCACGGUCGCCGCAAAUCAGAAGGUUCAACUGGGCGACGAAGAGAUCGCGAUACCGAUGACCAGAAUCCCAAACCAAAGUCCAGACAAAGGACACACGGAAAUAAACGAUACCAAGAUCAUUCACCCGUGAAUGAUAUAUUCAAUACAUCGUCCAGUACUUUACCCGAUGUGGAGACGAUUCGUAUAGAUUCCGGACCUUUGCGAAAGCCGCGUGAAUCCCCAGAGACUGUUGUGCAGAGUAGACCUCUUGAAGAUGGCAUUGACGAUGAGAUUUCUUGUUUGACUUUACCGCCGGAAAAUGGACCCGGUAAAAAAAGAGGCCAGAGGUCCUCAAAGGGUCAUAGUGAUCCUCCUCCAGUGGAAAGACGCCCUCAGCUCCGCCCUCACAAAUUCACAGAUGUGGGGGAAGACUGGGAAGGCGAUCUGCAGGCUAUGUUUGACAUUGAUGGGGAGGGCUUUGAUGUGCGGCUCACCUCAACCAAACUGACAUUGUCCCCGAUGAGUUCAGGAAGCAGGAGAAAGAAUAAACGCAAAGGCAGUGGGUUAUUUCGAUCUUCAAGCCGGUCAAAUCUGAAAAAUAGCUCACUCAAUAUAAACAGUGCUGGAGAUGAGGUGAUUCGGCUGAAGGAUGUGUAUGGUGCGAAAGUGAAGUAUAAGCCAUCACCUAACCAGUCCAGUACCAGUGAAGGCAUCUGUGUAGGAUUAACAGUCUUCACUGUUGUAAAGAAGGAUGCAAACAAACUGAAAAUUUGUCCUGUGUCUUUAGAUCACCCAAGUGAGUCACUGUCCAGGCAGUGGGUCAGUCGGAUUGCCAGCGCUUUGAAGGUCUUCACAAGCAGACCAAAGCGUGUGAAGGUGAUUUUACAACCUCAUGCAGGAAAAAGACUGGGAGCAGGUCUCUACAAAACGCAUAUCAUGCCAAUAUUUAAACUGGCUGGAAUAGAAGGAGACCUGAUGGGAGUCCAGUACAAUGAACACAUCAAGCAGGAAAUGAUACACAUGGAUCUGAGCAAUUAUGAUUGUAUUGUGUGUAUUGGAGGGGAUGGCACGGUCAGGCAGGUGGUCAGUGGACUGCUGACCAACACUCAGGAACAACACAACAUACCCAUGAAGAAGGGCUUCUCCCCCGCCCCAGCCAAGAUACCCUUAGCCAUAGUAGCCACAGGCACCACAAACCAUAUAGCAUACUCAGUGCUGGGAACAGAAGAUCCCAUUACAGGAGCAUUACAUGUCGUGUUGGGUCACAGCCAGCCAGUGGACGUGUGCUCUGUCUACUCUGAGGACAAACUGCUUACCUGGGUGUUCAACAGUCAGUACGGCUUUGCCGGUAACGUCCUGGAAUUUGCUGACCGCUACAAGGCCUUGGGACCUAAGAGGAUAGAUGCAGCCUUCCUGAAAGCCAUGACUAAAGCUAAGCUCAGACCGUAUGAGUGUGACAUUGAGUACAUCCCUAGUGCUAACCUUGACAAUAGUCACACCAAUGACAAGGUUGUCUGUAUGAGAGGGUGCUCUGUGUGUAAGUCUGACAGGGACAGGGACAGUGUCAGCAGUGAUGUGGUGGAGGACUAUGACCCACUGGCUGUUUCCAGCACUAGCAGCACCUUCAUGGACUUGACAGAGGAGAGUCCAUGGAGGCAGUGUAAAGGGGACUACUUUAAUGUGGGUGUGUUUGCUCUGCCGGGCAGGGUUAACUUCGCCCCCCAGGGCCUCAGUAAGUUCACACACCUUUCGGACGGAUGUAUGGAUCUCGUUCUCAUCAAAAACACGGAGAGGAAGGAAUUUGUCCGGUUCCUGAAGCGUCAUGCCACCUCCAAAAAUCAGUUUGACUUACCAUUUGUGGAGACGCAUCGAGUGAAGGAGAUUCGAUUCCGUCCACGUCUGCCUAUCACAUGGAACUACAAAGACUACAACUUCAGCGAAAUUGACUAUGAAAUGGGGAAAGUUGAGAAGCGCUUGAACCAGCGGACCAAGUCUUUGAACAUGAUUCCCGUGGGUGUGGACUCAGAUGAUGACUCAGAUGAGGAUUCUGACGAUGACAGCUUGAGCCACGUAAAAACGAAGAGCCAGAUUAUGUCAGCAGGUGGUGACCAGGAGGCAGAAAUAAGUGACACAGAAUCUAGUCAGGGCCAUGAUAGCAAUCAGCGCAAGUGCAGAAAGCAGUCCAGUACUAGUGUCCAUGCAACGACUGUUAAUGCCAAUCCUCACCGCUAUCGCAUGACCUUCACUGAGAAGGAGAUUAUUCGCAGGCGACAGAAACAAGCCAAAAAAGAUGAAAAGAGAAAAGCUAAAGAAGAGAGUAAAAUGAGAUCACGGUGGAAUUUUGACAAUGAAAUAUUCAACAACAGUUUGGAAAUUGACAUAAGGGUACACCAGGGCCUGUUACAGAUAUGUGGGCAGGGCAUAUCGCCAGACACAGAGCCGGAGGAGACUAAGAUGUCCUGUCUGCCAGCCAUAGUUCUGUGAGGUUGUUCUAUUGUGACAGUCUUUGUAGGGUGACACAGUAGACCAGGGCAUAUCCCCAAACACAGAGCCUGAGGAGACAAACAUGUCCUGUCUGGUUGUUUUCUCCUGAGGCAUUUUGUCUGGGGUGACAGAGUAGACAGGGCAUAUCCCCAUACACAGAGCCUGAGGAGACAAACAUGUCCUGUCUAAUAGUUCUCUCCUGACGCAUUUUGUCUGGGGUGACAGAGUAGACAGGGCAUAUCCCCAUACACAGUACCUAAGGGGACUUCCUGUCAGCCAGCCAUUGUUCUGUGAAGUUGUUCAUUCUGUCACAGUCUGUCUGGGGUUACAGGACGUAAAUGCACAUGAUGGGCACAAGGCAAUAUGUGCAUGUUUGUGUAUUAACAUAGACAUAACAUUAUAUAUACAUGUACACUACCUCAUCAUCACAAGUUUUUCUUCACUGAAACAUUUGCAAAUACAUGCACACGUAGAUGCAUACCACAACGACAGAGUGGUUUGAUAUGUCUGCAAACAAGCGGUACUGAAUCCUGUGUCAUUGUGACACCAGCUGUUACCAUUCAGAAGUAGAGAAGCACAGUAAAAGAUAAUGUCUGAUUCAUCUUCAAAGUUCAUGACAUUGUCAGUGAUUUGUAUGUUAUGUUAUAUAGUGCUAGGAUACUGCAGAUUAAUACGGAUUGAGAUGUUAUAAGGUAGGUGUUGUAAACCAGGGGGUUGUGCAUAGAAUUGGUAUUAAGGCCCACCCAUAACCCUCACCCAUAACCCCACGCCCACAAUCCCAACUCCAACCCCACCCUCAAUCGACACCGACCCAUACCCCCACCAUUUUCUUUUCAAUGAGAAACCAUUUUCAGUCAAAUUAGUCUCCUGGUCCCUCAGCUAUUUUGAUAAUACAUGUAUCUGUAUCUGUCACGACCACCCCCUUACCCCAGACUGCUUCGGUGGCCUAAUGGUUAGAGUGUGCGCUUCGAAGGGAUCAAAGCCUGGGCGGAUUGUACAAAACACUUCAAAAAUGGUACAUUGUACCUGCUUCGACCUCGCUUGGUCCUCAUCAAUGAGAGGUUAGAGCAAGGAAACAGGACUGGUUGGCCCGGUGUCAGUAUAAUGUGACUAGGUGGGGUGUCAUGUCUGCUGUUUUCUGCCGGCUGCUGCUGUAUUUGUACCAGUAACGAGUAAAAAAACUCUACCAGCCACUGCUGUAUUUUUACUGGUAACCAGUAAAAAACCUGCCUGGCACUGCUGUAUUUGCACUGUUAACCAGGAAAAACACCUGCCUGGCACUGCUGUAUUUGUACUGGUAACCAGUAACAAAAUCUGCCUAGCAUUGCUGUAUUUGUACUGUAGCUGGUAACAAAACCUGUCAGGCAUUGCUGUAUUAGUACUGGUAGUCAGUAACAAAACCUCCUUGUUACUGCUGUGUUUGCACUGAUAACCUCUGACAAAACUUACCUGGCACUGCUCUACUGGUGCUGGUCACCAGGAACAAAACCCGCCUAGCACUGCUGUAUUUGUACUGGUAACCAGUAACAAAACAUG